ACGCAGUCAAUCGGUGGCUCAGUGGCUCGUUGGCUCUUUUGUAUAACGUUGCAACUGGUUUUUGGCUAACUUGGUGGCUGACGCUUGUACGUCACGUCGUUUGGGAGGAGCGCGAGCACACGGCGCUCUGAGCGCAUAGCAUAGAGCGACAAUCAUGAGGGUCACAGGUGUUCGUAAGCAUUACGGCGGUGUGUUGCAGUGAGUUAGUCGGUCUAUACUCUCACCCACUCUCUCGCUCUCUGUAGCAGCUUGAUGGGCGCUCUUUUCAAAUUGGGUGCAGCAGAAGGUUUUUAGGCUCGUUGCCCCCAACGGUGCCACUCUCGGUUUAGUCUUGAGAAGUUGAUCGUACCAAACACACCUGUAGACAAACGUAACGGUCGAAACGUAGUGAGCAACCAUACGGACGGUUUGGGUUUUGCUCUGUUUUUAUUGUUGUUUUUUUUUUCGUUUGUGUGCUACGCUCGUUUUUCCCAUCGUGUUUGGCUGUUUGUGCAUUGUCUCCACAACACCGACAAAUACAACGCGUUCACCAAUACAUGAAAGUGUCGUGUACAACAACUACAACUAAUAUACUGUUACUAACUUGGCCAUGCCAAUGACGCGACGGUGAGCGCCACAAGGUUACCAACACGCGUCAACGUCAAGUGCUAACUGAAAAAUGCCUACCGAAACUACAAUGCUAGAGGACCGUCCUGGCGGCGGUGCCAUGACUAUGACGCGUCCGAGCCGCCUGGAACAAUUCUUGCAAGCGCCUGGCGCUGGCGGCGCGUCGGAACAACGUAGCGCGUCUAGUGGACGUGUGCCGGGCGGCGCUGCUGCCGCCGCGGCCGCUGCAGCUGCUUAUGAGACACAACUCGCUUACCAACAUCAUUUGGUGGCGGCUGGUUUAAUGGGCGCUGGCGGUGGCGCGGCGAAUGCGCAAGCGGCUCACUCUGCCUUCGUGCCGGUGCUGCCAUCACGUAACGCUAUGCGCGCGCCAGGCGCCGCCGCCAUUUAUGGUGGCAUGCUGGACGCGGAGGUGGCCAAGGAGGCGAGCAAACGUCACGGUAGUAAUACAAAUUUCGAGAUCAUCUCCAUGAUGGCGGAUAAGCGCAAGGAGUUGGCGUUGCGCGAGGCUGCCGCGGCGGCAAUGUUGAUGCAACGACCACCUGGGCAGGGUCCACCACCGGGUGUGCCUACUGCUGUUAUGUAUCCACCACCACCGUAUUUGGGCGGACCGGGCCCAUCACCAACUGGCGCCGGCACAUUCGCCUUUCCAUCGGCAGCCGCAACGGCAGCGUUGUUUCCCGCUGGGCUGCCACCAACCAUGCACGCCGGUUUGGAUCGCCGUUUGUUGCGCGCGCCGGGACGCGCAUCACGUCCGAAGAAGCAGUUUAUUUGCAAGUUCUGUAAUCGUCAGUUCACCAAGUCCUACAAUCUGCUGAUACACGAGCGCACGCAUACCGACGAGCGACCGUAUUCGUGUGACAUAUGUGGCAAGGCGUUUCGCCGGCAGGAUCAUUUGCGCGAUCACAGGUACAUACACUCCAAGGAGAAGCCAUUCAAAUGUACCGAAUGUGGUAAGGGUUUCUGCCAGUCGCGCACACUCGCCGUCCACAAGAUCCUACACAUGGAAGAGUCGCCGCACAAGUGCCCCGUCUGCAGUCGCAGCUUCAAUCAGCGCUCCAAUUUGAAAACGCACCUGCUCACGCACACCGAUCACAAGCCGUACGAGUGUUCUUCCUGUGGCAAAGUGUUCCGACGCAAUUGCGAUCUGCGACGUCAUGCGCUCACACAUGCGGUCGGUGAUGGGCCGUCCGAGUACGUGGAUGUGGGCGAAGAAGAUGAAGGCCGGCAUUUGAGUGGUGAUGAAGAGGACACACUACUGGAAGUAGAUUCACCGCGACAAUCGCCGAUACACCGCUUACACAGCGGCACGCCAACACAAGAGCUCGGCGGUGCUGCUGGGCAUGCAGAGAAGUCUAGCGGAGAGGCACGCGCAGCAGCGCGCAUGCGUCUCAAGCGUAAGGCAUGCUAUGAUGCAGCCGAAAUUUCAGAUGAAUCAGAAGAAGAGUUAGACGAGGAUGAUGAGUUGGAUGAGGCCGAGCUGGAGGAUGAGGCGGAGUUGGGCGAAGAUGAGGACGAGGAAGAAACAGCGCAAAAUAUGCCAAAAGUUGGUUUACUAGAACCGCGUCCAACCGGGCAGGGUGUAACACAUUGCCAUCACGAAGGCGGUGAAAUGUACACUAUGCGUCCGACGCAUGAAACGCGCGACUUACAUGAUUCAAUGCAUGCUAGCGAUUCGCCGCACACUUUUAACGCACCGCCAACCGGUUCUGCUUUCAUGCCGUCCUCGCCGAGCGCACGUUACAAUCCGAUGCGCGCGCUACCCGGCACUGGUGAAUCCAUACAUUCGCCCUCCACAUCUAAUGGGCCCGAACCGUACAUACCCAUGUUACAUGUGCGUAGAGAUCUCCAUCCAAAAGCGUUACUAUUAAGCGCCGCCGAAAUGAAAGGUGCAAAUAUAAUGCCACCAGGUGUAUUGGUUGGCGCAUCACCGCUGCCCACACCAACACAACAACCACCACCGACGGCGUCAACAAUUUCAUUGCCACCAGUGUUAACGCAGGCGCAACAAGCAAGCGGUAUAGCGCCGGCAGCGCCACCACCACCCUUACCGCCGCUCUUAGAUACAGGCAAGAAUUUACAACAGCCGCUGCACUCACCGCUCGAAUCGAUGCCCAGUUUUCUUGGUUCCAUACCGAUACGUAAGCGCAUUGUGGGACUCGAACAAAUGGCCGAGGCGCAACGCGCCUACAACGCGCACACGCAAAGCGCCGGUCUCAUGGCACUCAAUAUGACGCGCACGCAUGCCGCGCUGAAAGCAGCGCCACCGCCGCCACACACUCUGCUCCCGGGGAAACCAUAUAUGUCAAGCGUAAAUCAAGCGCCGCUCUUAUGUGAGUCUAAAUCGCUGUUGGCUGCCGGUGGUGGCAUUGCUGUUGGUAGCGCGCAUGCUGACACGUCAGCGCUGCUGAGCCGGGAAGCGGCAGUGGGUAUAGCGCCAUUAACGAGCGCCAGCAGCAGCAGUGAGCGUCACUACCUGUUGCCACCUAAUAAUGCAGUUAAUUUGAAUACUCAGGAGCCGUUGAGUGGCGUUGGCGCAACGCGCCCAUCACUAUCACCAGCAUCUACGGCGAUGACUAUGCAACCACAUCAGCAGCAGCAGCAAGCAGCGCCACCACCUACGCGUCGCACCGGCUUUAGCAUAGAGGAUAUAAUGCGCCGCUGAGGUCGUGUUUGCUGCCACGACAUUCCUAUAUUUUACUUUUUACCAUACCGCAAUGGUUUCUUUAAGAUUUUUGAUAUACUAUUUGCUAUAAAUUUAUGUUUAAAUAGUUUAUAGAAUACAUUUACAAUCCUCAAGUGCCUUCUCAUAUGCUAUGUACGUAUAUUCUAGUGCUUCAAAGCCAUGCUAUGUAUACUUAAGUUAUCCACACACAUAAUUUAAUUAGUAUUUUCGCUUAGCUUAAGUUGCUUAUAGCUGUACUUUUAUGCAAAUCAGUGAGCUUUUUAUUUGUAAAAUUUCAAUUAUUUUUCCCACAUAUUAUUUUAUAUAUUACAGUAUGCAUGUACACACACACAUAUUUAUAAAAAAAUAUAUGUAAAAUUAGUUUUAAACAUCAUAAGUUACUAGUUUAAUAGCUCCGUUAUUUAGGUAUGUAUGUAUGUUUUCUACUUGCCGGGCACUUAGUGCUCUUAAAUGAGUUACGUAUGUAUGUUUACGUAAAAUAUUAUAAUAAUGAAUACGUUUACUUAAUAAAGCAACAAAAGUAAUAAAAAUGUAUAACGAGUUGAGCAACGCAUUCUUUUAAGUAAUUUUAAUAAGUAAUAUUGUAAGUGGAUCUUAUGUAACCGAUUGAGUUGGAAGAAAUUUGAAUAAAAUUGUAUUACAAGCAAGAAACUGUAAAUUUUUCAAACGAGGAUUAAACAAACUCAUCUAUAUUGUAAAACAUGUCCAUAAUAAUUUUCAUAUAAAUUUUGUGCUGCUGCACCCGAAAAGCAGACUACAGUUUCUUAAAACAGAUCUACAGAAAGACACUGUAGUAUAGUAUUACAGUAUUUUUAAGACUAUAACAGUCUUUCGAUUUUUUGUUCAAAAAUAAAAUUUCGGCACCAAAAAUGUGAAUAAAAUUUCGGGAUUUUAAUAUAUUAGAUUUUUUUGUAAAAAAUAAAAUUUUGGAAUUAAAAAUGUGAGUCCCGAAAUUUCGGGAUUUUUAUUCUUACGAUUUUUUGGAAAAAAUUAAAUUUCGGGAUUAAAAAUGUGAAUCCCGAAAUUUCGGGAUUUUUGGAGAUUUUGAUUUUUUUUUUAAUUUUUUUAAAAUAAUAAAAUUUUGGAACUAAAAAUGUGAAUCCCGAAAUUUCGGGAUUUAAAAAUUAUUUAAAUAUUGAAUCAAGCAACACUUACAAACACAUAAAACUUGUGUAAAAAUAUUUUUUGACUUUAUAAAAAAUAUGAUUUGAAUUAACCCGUUUCCAUGACCAAACCCGAAGUUUUGUUUAAAAAAUUCCAAACAACACAUACAUAUGUAUGUAUGUAUGUACAUAUGAAAUAAAAUUUUUUUAUUUAUUUUAUUUUAUUUGAGAAUAUAAAAUCAAAUAAAGUGGCCUAAUUAAAUUACAAUACUCUUUCUUUCUUAGUUAUAUGAGAUCCACAGCGCAGUUAAUAUUGAAAAAAAAUUAAUAAAAUUUACCAGAAAUUAAAGAAGUGAUAUUUUAUGAACUUUAAACAAGAAACAAAAUUAUGAAAUAUAUAUAAAAAUAAAAUAAAUUAAAUUAUAAAUAUAGGAUAACAAUUUAAAGAAUUCAAAAUAAGAAACACCUAAAGAAUCAUAAACAAAAUGUUUCUUAAAAAAUAAUAAUAAUGUUGAGCCAACAAACAAUAAUUAUGAAAUUCUGGAGGAAAAAUUUAACAAAAUUGAAAAAAAAAAAAUUUAUAAAGUAAAUGUAAAA